UGGGGCCGUUACAACAUCACGCAUACAAAUCCCAAGAUGUAAGGCAUUCAAGCGGGAGAGAUUUUCAGUUCCACUUUCGCGUGUGGUACAAUUAUGGGGUCGACGGCAGCGUCGACGGCUGCGCUGGCAUCCCUGUCAUGCAACCAAGAGCACAUCCGAGAAACCCUCAAGCUCAGAUACUGCUCCCAGGUCUCAAUGGACUCCCUCGUCGACGACGACGACCCAAUCUAUGCCGCCAGCUCCAAUGUCAAGCCCACCAAGUCGCGCAUCAUGCGCAAGUUUGAGAACGUUCAAGCCACGCUGGGCAGCGAAUUGAUUGUAAGCCGACGCAGUAUCGAGCAUUCUGCGACGUUGCCCAUGUUGAACACGCUCAAUGGAGCGCAGGUGAUCUUGACGCGGAGCGCUACGGAACCCCCGUCGCAUUCGACCGGCGCGUUUGGUCGCACUAGCUGCGACGAUCACCGACCUGUGCGAACGUCAUCUCGCCAUCAUGAGGACUACGUAUCGCAUCGCACGAGCGAUCUUUAAGUUAUUUCUAACCAUCAAAACACGAGUCGAAUGUUAUCUCGCAUA